AUGUUCCGUAUUCGUGGUCCCAGUAUUGCCUUAUUGAGUGCUGUAAGGCCUCGUGUAUUCUUUGACAUUAGUAUAGCUGGUGCUAAGUCUGGUAGAAUAGAGAUGGAGCUCUUCAACGAUGUCGUACCAAAGACAGCUGAGAACUUCAGAGCACUAUGUACUGGUGAGAAGGGUAUUGGUCAUAGUGGUAAGAAUCUAUAUUAUAAAGGAUCUACAUUUCAUAGGAUAAUACCACAGUUCAUGUGCCAGGGUGGUGAUUUCACUAGAGGUAAUGGUACUGGUGGUGAAUCUAUAUAUGGUAUGAAAUUUAGAGAUGAGAACUUCAAAUUACGCCAUACUGAGCCUGGUCUACUAUCAAUGGCUAAUGCUGGACCUAAUACUAAUGGUAGUCAAUUCUUUAUAACUACUGUACCAACACCAUGGUUGGAUGGUAAACAUUGUGUAUUUGGUAAAGUAGUAUCUGGUAUGGAUAUCGUUAAGAAAAUGGAAGCAGUUGGUAGUCAAGGUGGCCAACCUCGUAAAGAAGUUACUAUACAAGAUUGUGGAGAGGUGAAAACAUCAGAAUAA